AUGCCUGCCUCCAUUACCAGUUAUGCAAACUAUCUCCCCAGCGAACUACUUCUUGAGAUCUUGGCUCAUUUCGAAACGCUGGGCAAGCUUGAAAGGCAAACGACGCUAGCUCGCUUCUCAGCAGUCAAUAGACAGUGGUAUGAUGUAGCAGUUCAACCGUUAUAUGAAUCACCAUAUCUGUCUGGAAGCGCAUACGAACUCUUUGUACGCACGAUAUGUCCUUCUGUACUAGCUCGCAUCAAGCCGACGGCGUUGGCGAGUUUGGUGAAGUCCCUUGACUUAUCCCACAUCGUACACCAAGGCGCCAAGUCCACAACGGCUAGAUUACUAGGCAGAACAAGAGCAUCUCUUGAAGUCUUUGUAGCACCCCAAGCUAGCUUUGCGAUUAAUUGCUGGGCUAGUCUAAGCAAAUGCACUCGACUGCGCGUUCUUGACCUGAGCCUGUCAGUAACCCCCAAGUACAUGAUGCAUUCGGCUCGUAGACUGACGCGCAAUUUCAAUAUCAGGGUUUCAGAAUGCAUCAGCUUCCAGAGCCUGAACCAAACUAUACGGCAGUUGGGAGAUUUGCGUGAGCUUUACUUGCCUCGCUGUUCGUCGAGAUACGAACCACCAGCGACGCCAGGUGGUCCCAGCAUCCGCUGGCCACCCAAGCUGGAACAUCUUGCGUUGUCCGGAUCAGUCUCGGGUCAGUUCCUAUGGGACAUGUUACGACAACCAGACAACUUCCCACCGACGUUCUCCUCACUAGGUAUCUACCAUAGUCCUGGGCUAGAUCAACAAGGCAUCAGGCCGCUGCUCAACAGUUUAGCUGCGUCGCUAACCGUUGUCGAACUGCGCGAUUUGCCGGCCGUCAAGCAAGGUCGACUGAACGGUGUGCUAGACUGGCUACCUAACUUGGUAUCUCUGACUAUUGCGCUCGACUAUAUUGACAGUCGGUUCGGAAAUAUGCCACCAGACUUUUCUCCGGCGCGAUGGCAAGAAGCCAAGCCACUGUACAGCCUCACCCUUGUCGCCUGUGGACGAACUGGCGAUCCGUCACGCAGCUUUACCAUGACUGAUCUUUUUACUAUGAUAGACGAGCGUUUCUUGGGCCGUUUACGCUAUUUGAGUAUAGGAUGGAGUACUGAGUGGCAGAGUGAAGAUGAGGUUUUGGGUGCGCUGGAUUCUAGUAUAGAUGACUUGGAUAAGGAGAAUUGGUUGGAGCGCAGAUGGCACUAUCAGGAUUUGGAUUUUACGGAUACGAGAGACAUGGAAUACGAGCAAUGGAGAACAAACACAGUAAUGGGUAGAAGGAUGAGACCGCGAUUUCGACUUUUGAAAAAUCGAUGA